AUGGCAGAGUCAGGUUCAGCCUUGCUCCGGUCAAAUACGAUCGACUUUUGCACGUUGGGCAUGUUUAUCCUUGAUGACAUAGAUUUCGGCGGUUCCAAAGCUGCAGUCAAAAAUGUCGUUGGGGGUGCAGCCUCGUUCGCCGUCGUGGGCGCUCGAAUGGUCGCAGGACCUGCGCAUGCUCAAUCCGUCAGUUGGAUUGUAGAUGUAGGAGCUGACUUUCCCCCAGAGACAUUGGCAUGUAUCGAGUCAUGGAGUACCGACUGUCUCAUACGAGAGGAUCGAAGCAGAUUGACCACUCGCGCCUGGAAUGGAUAUCAUCCAGACGAGAAGCGGGACUUUAAAUAUCUGACACCAAAACUGAGAUUGGAACCGCAUAUGUUGUCAGAAAAACAGGUCUGGUCAAAGACAUUCCAUAUGGUCUGCUCUCCUUCUCGAUGUAUAUCUAUCGUGAAUGACAUCUUGCGACGCCGCCAAGCCCUAUACGAAGCAGGCAAGGCAACUUCCGGCGAGGAAGUCCCGUCUCGGCCAUUCUUCGUCUGGGAGCCAGUGCCUGAUCUAUGCACACCCGAAGAGCAAGAGACAUUUUUUGCGGCAAAUCGCGUAGUGGACGUGGUCAGCCCCAACCACCAAGAAUUGGGAAUGAUGUUCGAACAGCGCGGAUGGAGCGCAACAAGCGAAGAGAGCAUGAAGCUUGUUGAUCGAAUCCUAUCCUCUGGCAUUGGUCCCGAGAGUGAUGGGUGUCUGGUGAUACGAGCUGGGAAGGAUGGGUGCUAUGCAUUUUCAGGAGCGCAGAAGCUGUGGCUACCAGCCUACCAUCAGCCUAAACAAUCGGGUGCUACAGCGGUGGUCGAUCCUACGGGUGCGGGCAACUCGUUCCUCGGCGGCUUGGCGCAAGGUAUGGUGAGCUCCGGCCGUGAGCCUUUGCUUGUCAUUGAUCGUGUUCUGUCGGUCAGUUCCACCUGGCGAGAGACUCUCGACGCCUGGGGUGCACGACGAAGCAUGCCAAUGGCCCUCAUCUGUGCUACAGUCGCCGCGGGAGUCGUGGUAGAGCAAAUUGGUGUUCCUCAAAUCUCAACGGUCGAUGAUGGAAGGAAAGAAUUGUGGAAUGAGUCUGAAUUUGCGGAAAGAAUCCGCCUGUACACGCAGCGUUUGUAUGAAUCAUUCGGACAGUCUCCGCAGAAGCACCUGAUGAUCAAUUGA